UUAUUGUUAUUUAUAAUAAUGAUAUGCAUCAACAAAACUUGUUUUCUCGAAAUAGAUCUGAACUUUCUCAGUCCAUAACUGAGCCUUUAGUUUUUCAGUCAUCAUUUACAUCUGAUCAAAACAAUGAAGUCACUGGAAUAAUUCGACUUACAGGAGCUUCUUCUGAAAGAAGAGUAAGAUUUGAUGAAACAGCUAUUGAUAAUGAAGGAAUGGGAAAAAAAAAAUCUAAAAUUUGUUGUAUUUAUCAUAAGCCGCGAGAAUAUGAUGAAUCAUCUAGUAGCGAUACUGAUUCUUCAUCAGGCUCGGAAAAUUAUAAAAAUUUGGAUACGAAUAAUCAUACAUGUUUUCAUGAAGAUACACAAGUUAAUUCUGGAAAUUUACAGUUAUUUGAUAAAACAAAUAGACAUUUAAAUGCUUAUGAAACAUAUCCAAAAACUAGAAAAAUACCUUAA